UUUCAAGAAUCAAUAUCACAACCGGUCGUCGCGGCGUUCUGGGCUGGUGGCAUGGCUGGUGCCGUCUCCCGAACCGUCGUGUCGCCCCUGGAACGACUCAAGAUCCUGAUGCAGAUUCAGAGUACUGGGCGAGAGGCCUACAAACUGUCCGUGGGACAGGCAUUGGCGAAGAUGUGGAAGGAGGAGGGCUGGAGGGGCUUCAUGGCCGGCAACGGCACCAAUUGCAUCCGCAUCGUCCCGUACUCUGCUGUGCAAUUCAGCAGCUACAACUUUUACAAGAGGAACAUCUUUGAAUCAUCACCUGGCGCGGACCUGGCGCCGCUGACCCGACUCGUAUGCGGUGGCGCCGCUGGUGUGACGUCCGUCUUCUUCACCUAUCCCCUCGACAUUGUUCGGACGCGUCUGUCCAUCCAGUCUGCCAGUUUCUCAGAGCUAGGCGAGAAGCCGCAAAAGCUGCCAGGCAUGUGGGCUACUCUGGUGAGGAUGUACAAGACGGAAGGCGGCGUGUCUGCUCUGUACCGUGGCAUCAUACCCACAGUCGCAGGUGUAGCACCUUAUGUUGGCUUGAAUUUCAUGGUGUACGAAUCGAUCCGCAAGCACCUGACGUAUGAGGGAGAAGAGAACCCAGGUGCUAUGCGAAAGCUGCUCGCGGGUGCGAUCUCAGGUGCCGUGGCGCAAACCUGCACAUAUCCCUUCGACGUACUGCGACGGCGUUUCCAGAUCAACACCAUGUCCGGCAUGGGCUACCAAUACAAAGGCGUCGCGGACGCGAUCAAGGUCAUUGUGGCCCAGGAAGGCAUCAAGGGCCUCUACAAGGGCAUCGUGCCCAAUCUCCUGAAAGUGGCACCGAGUAUGGCCUCAAGCUGGCUGAGCUUCGAGAUGACCCGCGAUUUCCUGCUCGACCUAAAACCAGAAAGUUGUAUCGAUCUCGACCGCCACCACGUCAAGGGUACGCACCGCAAGGCACCCAAGAGCGACAAUGUCUACCUCAAGCUCCUCGUGAAGCUCUACCGCUUCCUGGCUCGCCGUACCGACUCUGCCUUCAACAAGGUCGUCCUGCGCCGCCUGUUUAUGUCCAAGAUCAACCGUCCCCCGGUCUCUCUGUCCCGCAUCGUUUCCAACAUUGCCGAGGACGAGAAGCGCACCGUUGUUGUUGUGGGCACCAUCACCGACGACAACCGUCUCCUCAAGUUCCCCAAGGUCACCGUGGCUGCUCUGCGCUUCACCGCCACCGCCCGUGCCCGCAUCCUGGCCGCCGGUGGUGAGGCCAUCACCCUCGACCAGCUGGCCCUCCGUGCCCCCACUGGUGCCAACACCCUGAUCCUCCGUGGUCCCAAGAACGCCCGUGAGGCCGUCCGCCACUUCGGCUUCGGUCCCCACAGCCACAAGAAGCCUUACGUCCAGUCCAAGGGCCGCAAGUUCGAGCGUGCCCGUGGUCGCAGAAGGUCGCGCGGUUUCAAGGUCUAA